AUGGAGGAAGCUGCUAAAGAAACACGGGAUACACCCAAUUGCCAUCUGGUUCCCGUGGAGAACGUCUGUCGAGAUACUGAUAAAAACCGAGGAACUGACCACGAUGAAGCGCCUAGCAAAAGCCAUGAACCGAGAAGCCCAGAUUCUGGACCCGACGAAACGAAAGGACGGGCAACCACUACCACUAUCACAGGCGGCACUAACCACGGCUGUGAAUAUACGACUAAAGGACUUGGAGUACGAGAGGCAUUGGGAUGCCAGGAGGUACCUGGAACUGAUCACCAGGAAAAUGAUAGGACUGAUAGAGGACGACAUGACAAAAACGGUCAUGUUCCACAAGCUAACGACCAUAGUGUCGCCGCAGACCAGCACCCCGUCGGACAACCCGUUUCUACCAUAACAGCAGAGGCGGAUGAACAGGAGGCUGUCGACCAGGCCGCUGCUAAACAAGCUUACCCCACUUUGAGGGAUAGGACGAGGCACAAGUACUACCAAGUCAUGACGGUCAAUGUGGAUGGCUUUAGUGACAAAAAGGAACUGCAACUACGGAACUGGAUAUUGUAUACCAGACCGCAUGUCGUCAUACUGACAGAAACGUGCACAAAUCUACACCGCUCUGCCUACGAUGGUCGAUAUGUUACGAUCGGGAUUGCUGGAGCGGCAGAUGGGGUAGCUGCGAUGAUACGGCAAGAUGUCCAAUACCGAAUCACCACCAAGACAACACGCAUAAUAAUCCUCGAGAUCGAUGAUUUAGUCACAAUAGUUGGGGCAUAUGGACCCACUGAGCAAACAGCGGACACGAUCAAAGCCCAAUUCUGGGAGUAUCUUACAAAUGCUAUCAAGACUACAAAACCACUGCUAGUAGCUGGUGACUUUAAUGCAGGACACGAGCCGACUGAAUCCAGAACCAUCAGAGGUUUGCCGAACCAUUAUAGACUGGAGAGACUAGCUUUGCAUCAUAACCUGAUCAUACUUCAAACCGCACCCACAUGGAUCUCAAAAAGAUCAAAAGACGGUAAACCAAGCCGGACGCUGGACCGCAUACUCAUCAGUGAGGAUACCUGCCAAGCGCAGGAUAAUGUAGUCCACUUGGACUGGGAGAAUGCACCUGCUGACCAUGCGAUACUAACGGUCAAAUGGACGCUAAACCAAAUCAGCUACCACGCAAAACGGCCGAAAGCCGGACUCAUCACUCGUGACGCCGAUAAGCCAACUACAAAGGCAUGGCUGAAACUACGUAACGAACUCAAGGAACGUUUUCGCAAGAUACCAGUAAAAAUACAUCUACCAAUUCAGAACCAAUUGCUGUGGGAUCAAUAUAGGAGGUGCAACGGACAGGAGGGCUUAACUUUAAUGGACGAUGAAGGUAAUGACCUGAAUCCGGAAGAGGCCAGAAGACAGCUGGCGAAGAUGCUACAGGACCGAUGGA